AUGGAUGGCCAACUUGGUCUCAACGCAGAGAAUUCUUUAGUUCCCCGAAUGUUAGAGGGGUUCCUUGAGUUGGGCUCACCUAAUUCUCUGAUGGAUGAGUCAGGAACAAGUAGUAGAACCCCAUUGAAGGUUUCUGCUGUGAAAGCUGGAGGAAUGAUGUCGCUAGCAAUUGACGAUCUCGGAGGUCUAUGGAUGUGGGGCAACUGUCCUCAACAAAACAGCUCCAGUGAAGGGGCAUUUUCACUUUUCAGCAGUUCGGCUCCAAUACCUGUCUGGGAUUUCCAUGGCCACACAGUUGUUAAGGUGGCUUGUGGGAAUGAGCAUGUUGUAGCAUUAGUUAGUGCUGGAGAAACAUAUACAGGCAGUGAUCUUAUAUGCUACUCCUGGGGUAACAAUAACCAUGGCCAAUUAGGCUUGGGAGACAACGAGAGCAGGCUACGUCCCGAAGUUGUUGAAGCAUUUAACGUGGAAUCUCCUUGGGCAGUUUAUGAAGUUGCAUGUGGGGCUUUCCACACGGCUUUACUAGCUCACAAAAAGAUAUCUGCUGAUGCAUUAGAAAGUGUGUGCUGGACAUUUGGUUUUGGGGAUAAUGGGCAGCUUGGUCAUGGAACCACUAGAAGUUCUUUGUCACCUGAACCUGUCGGAUUGCCAGAUAAUGUAUUCCUGAUUUCUGUUGACUGUGGCUUGUUUCACACUAGUGUUGUGUCAUCAGACGGAGAUGUGUGGUCGUGGGGAAUGGAGAAAGGCCUGGGUCUAUGCCCUGAUGCUAGUUUUACUGGAACUGAUGCUGGGGAUGCUAUUUCUCCAUUGUUGAUUGAUUGUGAUAGGCUAUAUGGACCUAAAUUUCCAGAACCUGUUCAGGUUGCAUGUGGGGCGGCUCAUACCAUUCUUGUUGCUGAUGCUGGAUAUAAGCUCUGGUCUUGGGGCAGGGGAUGGAGUGGGGUCCUUGGAAAUGGUAAGAUGGUUGAUUGUUAUGCUCCAACUAUUGUGUUGUGGCCACCACUAGAAAAGGACUUUAAGGAAGCGACCGUGGACAAUGUUGGUGGAGAUAGAAAGAGUGUCGGAAAAAAUUCUGAACAGAUCAUAGAGAUGGAAAAGAGACUGUCUGUGGCAAUGGAAGAGAUGAAACUCCUUCGUUCGAAACUUUCCACAAUGGAACAAUAUGCUAGCAUCCUCCAUGGUUCAAUUUUUGGAAAGCCUUUUGAAGAGCAAGAUAUUCCAGUCUCGUUACAGAACUCGGGUACUUUUGAUAUUGCAAGAGAGUGGGAGAACAUGUUGGAGUCAUCGGAUCGUGGUAAGCUCGUUCGUUUGGAGAUGUUUUACCGCAAAAUGCUUGCCGGUGUUAAAGAUAAGUUGAUGAAGAAAAGGAUUCAGGAAAUUGUAAAGGAGUGUAUCAGUUCUUCAACAAGCAGAAAUUAGUCAAGAAAAUGAUGAUAAUCAAGUUUAUUUAGAUAUUAUAAGUUUGAGAAAAAUAAAGCCAGUUUGAUUGUAAUUCCAAUACACGCUACAACAUUAUUUGUAAUAGUGGGUCUUUGGCGUAACGAUAAGGUAGGUUGUACACUGAACUGUUUUUUCAUUUCUUUUAGAAUAUUGUUGUAUCCAAUGAAAUUGAUGACGACGAAUUGCCAUGCUUCUCCUAUGUAACAACUGAGGUUGUACCAAGUUUCAAACAAGGGAAAAAAGUAUAAGAACAGAGAAACUUA